AUGUCUUCUCGUGCUGUUCGCAAGCUCCAGAAGCUGCGUGAGCAGCAACUGGAGCCAGAACAAGAGGAAUCGGAGGAGGAAAGUCCUCCGCACAAGCGAAACUUCAACGCUUUUGAUCUCCUAAAUGCUGAUGACAACGAAAGUUCUCCAGAAGAAGGGGAGGAAAAGGAAGCUGAAUCUGAACCGGAUUUCGAACCAGUACCUAGCCCGAAGCCCAAAAAAGCAAGCAAGAACAAGAAGAAGAAGAAGGCAAAUAGGACCAAAAACCGAGCCAUACCCGAUGAAAACUCUGGCGACGAGAUUGACCGUGCCCUACAAGACUUGGCUGCCAAGGACGACACCCAUAUCCAACCCACUCGAUCCACCUUUCCCAAAACCACCAAUGAGUUGUUGAACACAGAGUCUAAAUUUCUAAAUGCAAACCACGAGAUGCGCCGGCUAUUUGGUAACGUUGUUUUGGAAACCUUCGAGGAACCCAACCAGCAAGCAGGAGACCUUGGCAGUGUUCUUUCGGGGAGAUCGUGUCCUGCGAGCCAAGGCAGAACUCUAGCAGGAGUCAAACUUCGACGAAAUCCUCUCAUGCCAGCGAAAGACGAUUGGCCUCAGGCUACAAGUGGAGGGUUAGGCAUGGACCUUGUCGUAACUCAUCCUCACAGCGUCGGUGAUACGGUCUACAGCAUCGUAAACACUGAGGAAUACCAGCGUAUCCAAAACCAGUUCCAUAUCUGCGUCGAGUCGAUGGAUACGCAGAGGAUGAUUCAUCUCCUCGUGUGGAAUCCUUACCACAUCUCCACACUAAUUCAGGUCUCCCAGUUAGCAAAGCACCAAGGAGAUCAUGCAGUCUCGGCCGAUCUCUUGGAGAGAGCUCUCUUCACCAUUGGUCGCUCAGCCCAUCACACAUUCGGUAACGCCCUGAUGGAGGGCAGAGCCCGACUGGAUUUCGUCGAAUCGGCCAACAGAGAGUUAUGGCUUGCCGGUUGGCGGUACAUCGAGAAUCUGGGAAUGAAGGGAACCUGGAGGACCGCAUAUGAAUGGUCUAAGCUGCUUCUCAGCCUGAACAACAGCGACCCAUACUGUAUGAAACUGACAAUUGACCAACUCGCCUUGAGGGGCAGAGAGUAUGCGCACUUUGUCGACUUGUGCACCCAGACCCGGUUUAGUGAAGUCUGGGCGCAUCUCCCUAACAUUCAAUGCUCGCUGGCUCUCGCCUACUUGCGGUUGAAUAAAGCAGAAGAGUGUCGCGACCAACUUACCCAUGCCAUGUCUCGAUUUCCAUGGAUUUUCAACAAGAUAGCCCAGGAACUGGACCUGCAACCAGUUCCUAAGUAUAUCUGGGGUAGUUUACCACCAGAUGCAUCUCAUGAACUUCUUACUGCGCUGUACAUUGCCAGGGCUAAGGACCUAUGGAAUACACCUGAAUCUAUCUCUUUGAUAAUGGAAGUUGCAGAUACCCUGUCCGGUGAACCGAAACGCACCGAAUAUUCUUCAGUGACAAUUACUCUCGACAUGGCUCGCCAUGUGAUCCUCUCGGACAUCCAGAGUGUAACAACGCAUCUUCCACGCGAAUUUUUCGAAAUUCACCAAAUUUCUUCCUCGGACCCCUUACCCCCCAAUGGAGCGUACGAGGAUAUAGCCCGAGGUGAUGCAAAUCACCCUGAAGGCACAGAAGAAGGCGCCGACUCAGGCGCCAACGGAAACGUCGAGCCCGUCGUUAACCGCGAUCACUGGCGUAACCUAGAACGACUUCACCAACAAUUCGACGAUCAACUGAUCUACCUGGCGAAUGAAGGAAUCUCCAUUCUCCAACAAUACGUCCGGGUAAACGGAAUCGAUCGUGGAAACUGGAAUGAAGCAGAUAUUACGCCAGUAUGGGGUUAUGUGAAGGUCUUUAUAGACAUCCCGGCUGGGAUGCAGGAAAUGAUUUUUCAGAUGAUGAGAUCCAGAUCCGAUUGCGGGCCAUUCUAUGAAGUUAUCGUAAAGGAGGAGAUGGAACGAUUUGCUGAGACUUUCCAUUACCUGACCCACGAAGGACUCGAGGAGAUCAGGCAAUUUAUUCACUUGAAUGGCGUGGAUCGGGGCAACUGGGAGGAUCCUACGCCAGCGUGGGAGUACGUGAAAUCCUUGAUUAGAAUGCCAUUUCGGACUCAGAUGGAGGUUCUCCAUAUGAUCAGUUAUAAGCAUGAUUGCGGGCUCCUUUACGCAGUUGCUGUUGAGGGAGAGAUGGAAAAGUUGUUGGAGGAGCGUCAGAGAUAA